UUGUUACAUCUAUCAAAAUUUGAAGUUUAUCUUUUGGUACCGCCGUGCGUUAAAAACUCGCAGAAUAAUGGAAAUACGUUCAUUCAUUACAUAUUUUAGGCGUUAAGUACUCAUAAUAUUUAAUUUACGAAUAUAAACUUUAAAUUUUAUUAAUUAAAUCGCUUUAACAGUGUAACAAAUCAGAUUAUGUAUAAUAACCUAAUACCUAUAAACUUUUCGGUUAUAACUUAAAAAUUAUCGAUAAACCAUCGCAAAAUGCAAAAGCUGCAGGACAGCGUGUUUUCAAUAAUCAAAACAACCAAUUUAUCUCCCGCUGUGUUCAGUUUUCUGCAACCAUCGGAGGACAGUCCAGAUAAAUCCCCCAUCGGAGGGAUCCUGAAAGACACUAGGCAUGGGUGGCUAGCGCUGGGACCUAAAUUCUGCGUGGUCGAUCUCAGAAGCGGGCUAAAAGUUGCCGCGCGCAUAUUUGGUAGUGCUGCGAGCAGUUCGUACAUUCACGUAACAAAUGUGGUGGAACUCCCCACCCCACUCACGAACUCUCAACAACUCAUAAUAAGUUUACAAUAUGAAGACACUGGGCUCAUAUGUGUUCUACACAUCAACGGUUCCCAGAUACUCCGUUGUAUACAAACAGAGGCAGUUAUCACAGAGUUAUCGGUCUGUGAUGGGGUUCCCGAUGGCCCUCUCAGAUGUUUUGAUGGUGUACUGAUGGCCGGAACUAAAAAUGGGGAGAUAUUGGUGUUUGAUCUCAAUAGAGCUAACUUAUUGCAAGCCUUAAAAGACAUAUCCCAAGGUUAUGAACAUCUCCUGCGAAGCGAACUUACACCUGCAAAUCUAGUAUUUCUACCAUUGAAUGCCUUAAGACAAAUAGAGGGUCAGAGAGAGCUGGCAUUGGAAAAUGACGAUCAUUUGGCUCUUUUAUUAAAUGAAAGCUCAUUCAUAGAAGACCAGUAUAUAUUUCGUAAUCCGGACGAAACCGUAAGGAUGAAGGCAAAAAGGGACCAUAUAAGGGUCACAGUUGUUCAAUACAUUCCACAAUUAGGCAGUUUGGCCGUUGGGUACAAUUUUGGAGCAUUUCAAAUAUGGAACAUGUUAAAUUUGGAAUUGGAGUUCACUUCACAAGUCAAUGUUGAGUGCUUACCAGUGACGCAUUUUGGAUUUCAGGAGCCCUGUGAUGAUCCAAGAGCAUUUUGCUACUUAUGGGUUAUAUUUUCGGUCAUAGAUCGACUUGAAGAGGAAGAGUUUCCUUUGGCUGUGAUGUAUUCUUUAACAUAUCAGGGCAAACGGAUGCUGUCUGACACUAAGUGCUUGUAUCAGGAAUUCUCAAAUGCUACAAUAAGAUUUCAAUUAGAACUGGGAGGUGCCGAUGAAAAUACCCUUCUUGGUGGUAAAUGUGUAUCUUGUAACACAUAUUCUGUGAAUUCUACACUGGGAGCCGAAGGUGAAGAUAGUAUGCUGAAUAUAUGUCAGUUGGUAUGGGAAUGUUGGGGUGAGAAUGCAAACUUCACAACACAAUACGGAAUGCUUUUGUUUGAUUUAGAUCAAUGGUAUAAAGAUCAAAUGCCAGCGACAUAUCGCUUGGAAAGCAAUGCAUUCAUGAGCACUACUUGGUGUUCUGAGCUCGGGAAUGGAUCUAACACGACACUGGACGUGCGGCUCGAUCCAAACUCUGUGUCCGUAUACUGUCACGCCACUAGACUGGAGGAACAUUUCUAUCCAAAUUCACUUCAGUACAACGUGGUAUCGAUGAGCGCGUGCGGGUCGGCGGUGCUGGGCACGGCGGGCAUCCAGCGGCAGCUCGUGUCGUCGCUGGACGCGUGCGGGCCCGGCGCGCUGCUGCGCCCGCGCGCGCUGCACGCCGCUUGCCUCGCUGCCGGCCUCGCGCCUGCGUAUGCGCACGCCGCGCGCGCCGACGAGCCCGACCAAGACGAGCAGCGUCGUUUCCUGCUGUCAGUGGCCCUGGAGGCGCGGCUGUCCCGUUUCCUGAAGCGUUGCGCUCACGACUGGGCCACGGGCAGCCACAGCGGGGCGGGCUGCACUCUUACAUUCCUGGUGGACUGGUGUUGGACAAGAGCUAUAGAACUGAAAGAAAAUGCCAAAGAGCUCACAGCACCAUUGUUCGUGUCAUCCGCAUUGCCCGAUAGGAACGUGGUGCGAUGUCUGGAACAUUGUGUUCAGCAACUCACGCAAUUGACAGGGUUGUUGGACGCCAUUCUGACUAAAUGCUGUAACCUGGUUGUGCCUGACGCCCUCAGCGAGAUGGAGGAGAAGUACAAAGGUAUAGGCACAGUAUCACUGUACUUCCAAGUGGUGCAGUGGUUCCUGCGCGUGGGCCUGCUGCCGGAGAGACACGACGCGUACGAGGCGCUGCCCUACCCCGCGCAUCAGCUCUACACCAUUUAUAAUAAGAGACGUCUAAAACUGAAUCGCCUGCAAGACAGUGGCGCGUCAGAUGACAACAGUGUCAGAAAGCCAUGUUCCCUGCUCUACAUAGAUCAACUCAUUGAACAUGAAUUCGGUGGCGAGAGGAUUCAUCAAUUAUGGAUGAAGGGCGGCAGUGAGUGCCACGGGCUGUACCCGCCGCCGUCGCUGUACUCGCUGCUGCGGCUCUACCUGCUGCCCGACAUCGCGGACGAGCACAAACACUCACUCGUCCUGUACCUGCUCGUCGACUACUCUAUGGUCUAUGAUGACGUCAGGUACGAAGCAGUAAUCCGCAGGCUGAUGCAGUUUCCCACCAUGUUCGGUUUGAGCAACACCGCCAUUAAAGCGACGCAGGCGUUCUGGCACCUCGACCACAGGGACUUCGAUUUCGCGCUCGACCAACUUCAAUGUCUUACGGGCAAUACGCUAUCAGGGUGGCAACACCACGUGGUCUUAUCGUCAUUACUGGCUCAAAAGAAGACUCAAGCGGCUUUACAGUACUUGCAUGUCCGAAAGCCCGCCCCGGUCCAUACUAAAGAGAAUCAAUGGACCAGUAGGGGUGGAGAACAGGAUAAAUUGGAGGAUUGGCAGUCUUGCUGCAGCCUGUAUUUGGCUAGAGGUCUCGUCUUCGAAGCCCUAGACGUUGUGAGGGCUUGUAUGAACAGUUCGAGAACCACUGAUGACAAGGUUCAGGUGCUGAACUUCUUCUUCAAAG